AGUAUUCGCCUCGCCGCCCGAGAGUCUACAGGAAGGCUGCUGCCGCUAUCGUCGUCGUCGUCGCCUAUCUUGCGCCCGCCCGUCUUCCCGCCCGUCACCAUGAGAGAGAUCGUCCACCUGCAGGCCGGCCAGUGCGGCAACCAGAUCGGCGCCAAGUUCUGGGAGGUGAUCUCGGACGAACACGGCAUCGACCCCACCGGCACCUACCACGGCGACAGCGACCUCCAGCUCGAGCGCAUCAACGUCUACUACAACGAGGCCACCGGUGGCAAAUAUGUCCCUCGGGCUGUGUUGGUGGAUCUGGAACCUGGCACCAUGGAUUCUGUGCGCUCGGGUCCCUUUGGGCAGAUCUUCCGCCCAGAUAACUUCGUUUUUGGCCAGAGUGGGGCAGGCAACAACUGGGCCAAAGGCCACUACACAGAGGGGGCUGAGCUGGUUGACUCUGUGCUCGAUGUCGUCAGGAAGGAAGCGGAAAGCUGUGACUGUCUCCAGGGCUUCCAGCUCACGCAUUCCCUGGGGGGCGGCACUGGUUCCGGCAUGGGCACCCUCCUCAUUAGCAAGAUCCGCGAAGAGUACCCCGACCGGAUCAUGAACACUUUCAGCGUUGUCCCCUCCCCCAAAGUGUCGGACACUGUAGUCGAGCCCUACAACGCCACCCUCUCUGUGCACCAGCUGGUGGAGAACACGGACGAGACCUACUGCAUUGACAACGAGGCGCUCUACGACAUCUGCUUCCGGACCCUGAAGCUGACGACCCCCACGUACGGCGACCUGAACCACUUGGUGUCCGCCACAAUGAGCGGGGUGACCACGUGCCUGCGCUUCCCGGGCCAGCUGAAUGCAGACCUGCGCAAGCUGGCCGUCAACAUGGUGCCCUUCCCUCGUCUGCAUUUCUUCAUGCCGGGCUUCGCCCCUCUCACCAGCCGCGGCAGCCAGCAGUACCGGGCCCUGACCGUGCCAGAGCUAACGCAACAGAUGUUUGACGCCAAGAAUAUGAUGGCGGCCUGUGACCCCCGUCAUGGGCGCUACCUCACGGUCGCCGCCGUCUUCCGGGGGCGCAUGUCGAUGAAAGAGGUGGACGAGCAGAUGCUGAACGUGCAGAACAAGAACAGCAGCUAUUUCGUGGAGUGGAUCCCCAACAACGUGAAGACGGCCGUCUGUGACAUCCCUCCCCGCGGCCUCAAGAUGUCCGCCACCUUCAUUGGCAACAGCACUGCCAUCCAAGAGCUGUUCAAGCGCAUCUCUGAGCAGUUCACCGCCAUGUUCCGCCGGAAGGCCUUCUUGCACUGGUACACCGGGGAGGGCAUGGAUGAAAUGGAGUUCACCGAGGCAGAGAGCAACAUGAACGACCUGGUGUCUGAGUACCAGCAGUACCAGGAUGCCACGGCAGAGGAGGAGGGCGAGUUUGAGGAAGAGGCCGAGGAGGAAGCAGCUUAAGGGCUCGGCCAUUAACACCUGUAAAUUAUGUUUAAAGCUGUCGUGAACUUUAUUCAUUCCAUGUCUUUGUUCUGCACUUCCAAUUUCUUCUUGAUGUCACCUUCUGUCUGAUGCUGUACAGACAUUAAAAGCAUUUUCACUCUG